AUGUCUCCUUUACCUCCUCCAUCGUCGACUUCUUCUGCCUCUCAACCUGCUCCUGUCUCAACGAUCAUCGCGAACAAUCUACUCGUCCAAGCUUCACCGCCAAUCCCUCGCACUGCUACAUCAAUCACAACCGAGCGACCUCCUCCAACACCUGUUAAACCAGUUUCGCAUUUUCAAAAGCUCCUUCAUCAUUUCAAUGGAAACAAAUCUUCGCAUACAUCAUUUCUACGCGGUACACCAUUAACAUCCAGUCAACAACGAUCAGCAAUAAAAACCAAUGGUUCGAUGGUCACAAUUCUAAAGAAUAACCAUAACAAAUAUGCUGAACCUUCACGACCUAAACAACAGCAAUCCGCCGAACAAUACGACGAAUCACUUCCCCCUCCUCCACCUCCUGAAUUAGCUCACGAACAGUUACUUGGUAUUUUGUUUCAAGGUAAUCAAACACGGAUCUCUUCCAUCUCUCCCUCACCCUCGACAUCAUCGGCAACGACACAUACAUCGAUUCAACGACUAAUGAUCGGAAAAAAUAAACAGCAGCAACUACAUACAAACACAGCGAGUAUCUCACCUACGAUGUCCAAUUCUGAUCUUUCAUUUUCACCAUCUGGUAUUAAUGUUCUCUCACCAAGUAUCGAUACGUUUUCUGGUUAUGAGCUUGGUCCAAUGAGCAAGUCAGUUCCUAAUACCAUGUUAGAUUCUCAAACAUGGUCACCACCACGUUACAUAACAACUCCAUCGUCAGUCUCACCUUCGAACCACACAUGUCAUUGUGGUUCCACUGUCAAAGAUGAAUUAAUUUCCAUAAAUGAUGACGACAAAUUUUUCAUUCAACGCGAUUGGAUCUACGAUGAAAUGUAUAAAUUAUUGAAAGGAACGACGAAACCCGGUCUUGUUCUCCUAAGUCGUACCCCAGGUAUGGGUAAAACAUUGCUCAUGAAGAAUCUUCUUCGACCAACAUCAACAACUUCGAUGUCGGCGUCAACAGCAUCUCAGCAAAUGACAUCAGUGAUUACUCGCAGUGAAAAAACUUCUAUUAUUCUUGUCAAUUCUCCCAAACGUUCAUCUUAUGAAUGGCUACGAUCGCACAUCUUAUCAUCGCAUUUUUGUGAUUGUUCACAAACAAAUUCUUGUUCAUUACCUGACAUCAUUCAUUCGAUCAUUUAUCGUGCACUUGAACAUCCGCUUCUACACGCCUAUCGUGAUGUUAUUCUUCGUGAGCAACACACGCGGAAAGCAAUUACAUUAAAUGCAUGUAUACAAAACAUUGAACAUGCGUUUUUCACUGCUUUCCUCGAUCAAUUAAAUCAAUUGAAACUUCUUGGCCAUUUAGAAGAUUUAUUUUCCAUAUCUAAUCACGUCUAUUUAAUUAUCGAUGGUAUUAAUAACGAAUUAUGCGACACCGAAGGACAAACCAUCACCGAAUUUUUAUUUGCUAACCUUCAUCGUCUUCCAUCAUGGCUCAAAUUAAUCAUAACAAUGAAUCGUCUUGAUGACGAUCAACAUCAAAGAGAACAAAACACUUUUCUUCAAAAUUUUGUUCUAUUAGACAUCGAAGAUGAACCGCGAUUUUCGACUUGUUUGUAUAAUGAUAUUCGAGAAUAUUUAUCCAAAAGAUUAGAAAAUGAUUGCAGUAAUGAACUAUACGAUCUGUCAUCGUCCAUGUCAAAUAUUGAUCAAUUAUGUACGUUAUCCCAUGGAAAUCUUCUAUUCAUUCAACAACUUUGUGAUAUAUUCGAACAACGAGAAUUCCCAUCAAAUAUUGACCUGCCGCGAACGUUAGAUGAAAUCUUCUAUUAUCGAUUUUUAAACGAAAAUAUUCAGAGAAAUUUGGAUGUGUGUCGAGCGAUACUCGAACUAUGUUUAGCAUCGCGAAGACCUAUUAAUUUAAAUGUUCUAUAUGAUUGUUUGAAUAUUGAUGAAACUUUUCGAGUUGAAUGGCCAAUAUUUGUACAAAAUAUCUCGUUCUUAUCAGUCUUUUUAACGCAAUUUCCCAAUUCAACCUAUGCUAUCAGUCAUGGAUGUAUUCGGAAUUGGUUAUUAAUCAAUUCUCAUCAGUAUUUCGCUUCCAACGUCAAGAAAGGUCAUUCACGUUUAGCGCUUUAUUUAUCCCGUUCAUUAACUACACCUUUGCAUGGCCCGGAAGCAAUCGAAUGCAUUCGUCAUCUUUCAUUAAGCGACCUGUUCUCUAAUAAUAUUAUGCAAAUUUGUCAUACAGUUAAACAUUUAAUCGAUGAUCCAUCACGUCUAUUGGCUUGCUUACGAAAUGCCUUCUAUCCUGAAUUAGAUAUCUGUGAAUUACUUUUAAUGAUAUCAGCUAAUCCCAAUUCCUUAGUCGAUUCCAUUCAUAUGCCACUUUUAUGUAUUGCAUCUCGUAAUGGUUAUGCUUCGUUCGUUGAAUUACUUUUGAAAUAUCAUGCGAAUGUCAAUAUUACAACUAAGAAUAAUGAAAACAAAACCGCUCUCAUGUUAGCUGCUGAGUACGGGCAUGAAAAUGUCGUGAAAUUAUUGUUAAAUUACAAUGCUGAUAUCACUCUCAAAGAUAAAUAUCAAUUAACGAGUGUGGCUUAUGCAACAAAACAUGUUGCUAUUUUGAAAUUAUUCAAUUAUACAGAUGAAUCGAUUCAGCAACAAGCAUUUGUCUAUGCUGCAUCGAACGGUUCGUUAGACGCUCUGGAGUAUAUGUUAACUGAUAAUACUUAUUCGUCGAUUGAUAUCAACGGGAUUGAUUAUGUACAUGGGGAGACAGCUUUAACAAAUGCAGCAGGUCACGGUCAUAUCAAAAUUAUUGAUUAUUUAAUAACAAAUCAUCAAGCUGAUAUUGAUCGAAUAAAUACGCGGCAAAUGACACCAUUGUUACUAGCAGUUAAAAAUGGAAUGUGGUCAUGUGUGGAAUACUUACUCGAUCAUCAAGCGUCGAUCGAACAUUGUGAUAAACAAGGACGAACAUGCUUAAUCAUUGCAGCUACAGAAGGCCAUCUAGCAGUUCUCGACAGUUUAUUAGAAAAAGGUGCUAAUGUUCAUCAUCAGGAUGAAGAGGGUCUAACAGCUUUAUCAUGGGCUUGUCUGAAGGGUCACUAUCAUGCUUGUGAAACAUUGUUAAGCCAUGGAAGUAAUAUUAACCACGAAGAUAUCAAUGGACGUAUACCAAUGGACAUGGCAUCGUUCUACGGCGAUGUUCAACUCGUUCAAUUACUUAUUGAUCAUGGUUCUGUAGUGGAUCAUGUGGAUAAAAAUGGCAUGCGUGCAUUAGAUCGUGCUAUAGGUUGUCGAAAUGUUGCCGUUGUCAAUUGUUUGUUGAAGAAGAGCGUGAAACUUGAAUUAAUUCGAUGUAAAUUGGAUAGAAUUUGUUUUAGCCUCUCGACAUGGGCAUUGGCAGCUGGUAAAAAUGAUAUGAUGACAAUUUUAAUCUCGAAAUUGAUCGACGAUGGUGUUUCACUUUAUAAAAAAAAUCAAUACAAAGAUGCUGCUUAUCGUUUUUCGUAUGCAUUGAAGAAACUACCGGCUGAUAUCGAUCAACAGACAACAGAUCAAUUUGCGACUAACUUUCGUUUAAUGAAAUACAAUUGCUUAAUCAAUUUAGCUAAAUGUAAACGAAAGCUAGACUGCUACGAAGCAGCAAUUGAUUAUUGUACGCAAGCACUCUGUAUUCAUAAUACUUCGGAUGCUCUUUUACUUCGAUCCAGAAUCAAACGCGAUCAAAAACUGUACGAUGAUGCAUUAACUGAUUUGCUUGCUGCGAAAAGUCUUGAUCCAGCUAAUACAGAAUUAGAUCGAUAUAUCAAUCGAUUACAUGCAGAUCUUCAACACUGUCAUGAAACUCUUCUAUGA